AUGCCUGACGGUCGUGAACGCCAACCCUACCUCAGCAAAGGCUGGCGUAAGCAACUGGAUCCCUACGAGAACGGUCACAUGCGAAGUACGAGCGAGUUCCCCCGCCGUUACUGUUUCUACUUCUGCUGGCCCGACAAGGACUCCAUAACGACCGACGAUUGGAAAGCCGAUCGUUUAGGUUAUUUGUGUGACCCGCAGUGGGCCCAUACCAUCUACCCUUAUCUUUUCGAUGGCGACUGGCACGGAGACGGUGCCUCACUACAGCCUGUGGGAGAGAAUACCGAGCAAAUCCAAGCGCAACUGGCAAACGAAAGACCGAAAUUCAUCAAGAAGAAUGGCCCACCGAUUGGUGGUGGCAUAGAGAGUGUUCUCAUCGCCGCCAAGAUGUAUGCGAAGAGAACAGCCUGGGACAAGACUGACUACAAGGGCAAGAACAUUACCCGAGAGGAGAUCGGUCUCCCCAAGCCAGUGCAGGUUGUCGAUGGAACACCACCGGACGAGAUCAAGAAAAUCGAGCUUCUCUUAGACUCAUUGGCUGCAGGGCUGCCAGAGGUCUCAGUUCAUGGGCGGAGAACUUGGGUAGACCCGCCUUCAGAAGACCAAGAGAAAGUGGGCGAUCUGGCAACCUUCAUACGAGGUGGAUAG